GUUAGUUCAAAGAGAGUGAAAAGAUCAUUCCAUAAAUUACUUGCUAGUGUGGCAUAGCAAAAGCCAAGUUAUCCCUUAGUCAUAACAUGUCUUCGUUUUGAAUCACACAAAGGGAAAGGGAAACUUGUGAGGUCACGGGUUAACAGGAUAAAAUCAUAUGAGCUCCGCGCAUACUCGGACGAUGUUAUUCUACUACUUAUCGACUUCGUAGAAAUAGCAAGCAUAGGUAAGAACAGGAACUGGCGCAUAAAGACCACAAAGUAUCGAAUCUAAAGGCCUGGCUAUUUUCUUUGCUAGACAACAUGCAUUCAUUUCAUUUAAAAUUACUUCAUUUGAAAAUACGAUGCUACUUGGCAAUCAUUGGUGUUGCAUUGGUUGCUACAGUGCUUGCCGUGUUCUGUUAUCAAGAGAGAAGCAGUGUUUUGAGCAAACUCACGGAUGCUGCUUCGAGUUACCUAAGUCUGGAUAUCGCAAAGUGUUCAAAUGCUACGAUACAACUCCUAGUCAGUCUUUUGAAACCUCUGCAGAGUCUUAAGAGACCAGCUAUUAUCGACCACGGCGAACUUGCAAUGAGAGAAGCAGUAAACUACGAGCCUGAAGCCAGAGAUCUCAAACAAGUGGGCACGAGUCGUGCGGAAGUCUUCCUUAACACACUCAAAUUUUCGGAGUACGAAGAAAACAACUUUUGCGACCUUAUGCAGGGUCUUCCGUUAGAAGAAUAUGACGAUGCCAUAGAUGAAAUCGCAAUGCUAACCAACAUGCCGUAUAGUGUGAGGGAACGUAUCAAGCGUUCAAAAGUCCUCAAAGACGGAAGUUUGACUGCAGUUGAUAAAAAGAAUUUUAUUACCAAAGAUGGAGUGAUGGUGUUUGGAAGAAUUGCAGUGAUACAUAGAAAUGAGGCAAUAGAUAUUGUGUAUUCCUUACACUCGCUCAAAUACAAGUUAAAAGAAACACAGGAAAACCCUGAAAAUGCAAAGAAAAUGGGAGGAUUUUUUAGCAGUAUGAAGGAAGAAGAAAAGGAAAAAAACACUGAAAUCACAUUUCAACUCAGAAAUGACCUGGAAGCUUUCUUUGAACGCGAAGCUAUUAAAAAAUUCGUGAAAAAAUGCAAAUAUGUUUUGAAGACCCUGAAAAACGAUGCCAUUAUGGAACAGCUAGGGGUUGAGAGGGAAGGAGAGGAGUUCAAAGAAAAAGCUUGAAAUUAAUCGGAUACGUAUUUGUUAAUAGCUCUGCAGGCUUCAACACGAGGCUCCGCUAUGAAUGGGAAAACUCCUCCCAGCCCCGGGCUCAAAAACAAUCAGUUAUCAAACUAAAUUGAAUAUCAUUCCUAGACUUAUCCACCAAAAUGUUCGUAUUAAUAAAACAAUGCUAUACCAAGCUGUGAGCGCUCUAAAAUACGAGCAUUUUUAUCACAGUGCGAGAAUAAAAAAUUUUAUAGUUAAAUAGUUUUAUUCCAACCGACUGAGGCUUAGAGAUGAGCAAUUUUACAGGAGACUGCUAGCUUUGCAGUGUUCUGAUUAUAAUUGCAAUAUCGAAGUAUCGAAGUAUCUAGCCUACUGUCCUUUGUCAUCGCAACGCCUUGUUACCAGAACCUUUCGCAUAAUUUAAAACUGUGUCAUGGCCGCCAUCUUGAAUUUGAGAUUCCUGCUCUCAGAUCCAUGUUAUUUGUGCAAUUGAAGGCCCGAUUCGCGAUUUAAUAACUGCAUAUUUUACCAAUGCCUCAAUUUCUACCAAGUUAUUUUGGAAAAUCAUCUCAGCUUGGAUUGAUUUAGCUGAAUUUACUCGUGUUUACAUUUGCGACCCAAGUGCGAGACACGCGGCUCAAAAUAAGAACUUACUUAUAUUUGCUGACUGCUUUAGACUCAUACAGCUUACUUCAAGACGUAAUUAAAUGUGCUCUGGACACUCAUGAAUGGACUCGAGGUUUUUACCUUGAUUACUUAAUCUAUUUUGAAGUGGAAGUAGUUUGAAACAAUUGAUGGAAAUCGUCUCCCACAAAUCGCUUUGUCGAUGAAUCUGCUUUACAUUGGACACUUGACCGGCUACCCUAAGAUGAAUUUUAUUUUCUUACUAUAAAAUAUCUUGAUCUCUCUCAUUGAAUGUCAUCAUUUUAACCAUGUCGAUUUUAAUAAAGUACAGCAUAGGUGUUGUAAGUCA